UUGGGUUUCUUCUGUUUCUGGAAUUAAAGUGGAUACUGAUUUUUCUCUCACCAGUUUCUUGUUAUUGCUUUUGAACAAGCGCUUGUUGAGUUUAACUAGCAACAAUGGAUAAAUCUUGGAUUGCUAAGCCACGAAAUGCAGAUGAAUAUAUAGUUGGUCUAGAAAACUUCUUGGAUUUUGCAUUUCAACAUGGAGCAAUUGAGAAUAAUAAGAUAAUAUGUCCGUGUCCAAGUUGUGGGUUUCGCAUAUGGCAUACUCGAAAAGAUGUUAGAGAUCAUUUACUUUACAAACCAUUCCCUAAGAAUUAUGUUGUAUGGAACUUUCAUGGCGAGAAAGAAGUAACCAAAUUCUCAACAAGUGCACAUGUCAUGCGCGAGACAUUGGCAACUGAACAUCCCCUAGAUAACAUGGUAAAUGAUGCUUUCGGGAUACAUAUGGAUCAGGAGAGCGGUGAAGAUUUAGGCACGGAAGAUUUUGUAAACGAUGAGCCAAGAGAAAAUCAUAGAGACUUUGAUGAGUUUCUCAAGGAAGGCAAUCAAAAGCUACAGGAAGGAAGCGACUUCACAAAGCUAGAAUUCAUAGUGAAAUUGUAUCAUAUUAAAGUCUUGCGUGGACUAAGUGACAAGGCCAUUACCAUGGUACUUGAGUUGGUGAGGGAUGCUUUUAGUUGUGUGAAUUUGCCUACGACUUUUAGUCAGGCAAAGAAACUAAUUCAAAAACUAAGUCUUGACUAUGUUAAGAUAGAUGCUUGCCCCAAUGAUUGUAUGUUGUUCGAGGAUGAAGACCCAAACAACAUCCAACAAACAUGCAGUCUUUGUGGUGCUUCUAGGUGGAAUUCUAAGAAGAAGAAGAAGAAAAAGCAAGCUGCCAAGGUUUUGAGAUACUUUCCGUUGAAACCAAGGUUGCAAAGAUUGUUCAUGUGUCGUAAAACUACAGAGCAUAUGUUAUGGCAUGCAAUAGCGAAGGGAGAAAAUGAAAAAAUGGUGCAUCCAAGGGAUGGUGAGGCGUGGAAGACUUUUGAUUUGACACACAGAGAGUUUGGAUUGCAACCUAGAAAUGUUCGCUUAGGACUUGCUAGUGAUGAUUUCAAUCCUUAUAGAUCAAUGAGUUCUACUCAUAGCAUUUGUCCUGUGUUUCUGAUUCCAUAUAAUCUUCCUCCUUGGAUGUGUAUGAAACACACUUCCUUUAUCCUGUCAAUGGUUAUACCUGGCAAGCAUAGCCCCGAAAAUAAUAUAGACAUAUAUCUUAAACCACUUGUCAGAGAGUUAAAAGAAUUAUGGGAUGAGGGUAUGGAAAUUUAUGAUGCAUCAGAACAUAAAAUGUUUAAGAUUCAUGCAGCUCUUAUAUGGACAGUUAGUGAUUUUCCUAGCCUAAGCAUGCUUUUCGGAUGA